AUGAUGGCCCUCACAGUCGGCGUCCUCGCCCUCCAGGGAGGCUUCGCCGAGCACAUUGAGCUGCUCAACCGGGCUGCCGCGGGCAUCUUGUCCCAGGAUUUCGCUUUUGAAGCCGUCGAGGUGCGCACCGUUGGGGAGCUCGCGAGAUGCGAUGCCCUGGUGAUUCCCGGUGGCGAGAGCACCACUAUUUCCUUUGUUGCUCAGCAGUCGGGCUUGUUGGAGCCAUUGCGUGAUUUCGUCAAAGUCCAGAAGAAACCCGUCUGGGGAACAUGCGCCGGCCUCAUCCUCCUCUGCGACGAAGCCAACGGCACCAAAAAGGGCGGCCAGGCCCUCAUCGGCGGGCUCAGCGUCCGCGUCCACCGCAACCACUUUGGUCGCCAGAUGGAGAGCUUUGCUACCCCCGUCGAACUACCCUUCCUCUCUGGCGAAGGCAACCCCAACCCUGAGCAAUUUCCCGGCAUCUUCAUUCGUGCCCCCGUGGUGGAAGAGGUUCUCCCCCAUGGGGACGGGCCCGAGGUUGAAGUCUUGGCUAGACUUGCGAACCGAGUCGAGAGGGCAAAGGCUGGUCUUUCGCUUGCUGUCACCAAGGGUGAUGCGGGAGAUAUCAUUGCUGUUCGCCAGGGCUCCAUCAUGGGGACGAGCUUUCAUCCUGAGUUGACCAACGAUGCGAGGAUUCAUUCGUGGUGGUUGAAGCAGGUUAUCAGUGGUUUGUGA